AUGCUUAAGUGUGGUCACUAUAACCAAGAAAAGCCAAUCGAAAGCUUCAAAAGAUUAAAAACUAAAAGUGACAACAAUACUACUACGAAAACAAAAACAUAUACAGUAGAUAUGAACUUGAAUCAACAAGAUACUGCAAGCCUGGAUAAACAAAUAAUUACAAAUUUAGAAAUGUUGAAUCAAGAGAAUUUGAAUCAACAAGUUACGAAUUUGGAUCAACAAGCAAUUAAUCAACAAAUAGAUAAAAAUGUUGCUCAAUAUAUAAUUAAUCUUAUUUCAAAAGCAGAUAAAUUUUCUUGGAUUUAUUAUAAAUAUGAUAAAUUAAAGAAUUCAACUUCAUUUACUUAUUAUUGUAAUUGUCGAGAAGAGUUAAGAAAUAAAAAACCACGAAUUGAUAAUAUUUCAAAUUGA